CGUUUGAUUUUGCCUUUGGCGAUAUCUAUUUAAGCAACUAGAAAACGAAACUCUCCCUGUUUUCCUGUCUCUGUCACGAAAUUGCGAGAAAGCAAAGCGAGCGAGAACGCCGAGAAGGUCAGACAGUUAAGAUGGGAAGUGUUGAUCCGUCAAUGGUGGUCCGGGGGCGGUUGGCAGUUCUCUCAGCUCAUUUAGCCGGUGCUGAUACCGCCGGUUUUUCUCCAAUUUUGGAUACUUCAUGUGUUUCAGCUCAGGAAAUCGUGCCACCGCCGCGGAAUCUCAAGGGGACGUUGACGAUCGUUGACGAGAGAACUGGGAAGAAGUAUCAGGUUCAGGUUUCUGAAGAAGGAACAGUGAAAGCUUCGGACUUGAAGAAGAUAACAACUGGAAAGUACGACAAGGGCCUUAAACUUUAUGAUCCUGGAUAUCUUAAUACCGCUCCUGUGCGCUCGUCAAUUUGUUAUAUAGACGGAGAUGAGGGAAUUCUUAGAUACAGAGGUUACCCGAUUGAGGAAUUGGCCGAGAGCAGCACCUUCCUGGAAGUGGCCUAUCUCUUAAUGUAUGGGAAUUUGCCUUCUCAAAGUCAGUUAGCAGAAUGGGAGUUUGCAGUAUCUCAACAUUCAGCUGUUCCUCAGGGGAUUCUGGACAUCAUACAAGCAAUGCCUCAUGAUGCACAUCCAAUGGGUGUGCUUGUCAGUGCCAUGAGUGCUCUUUCUAUUUUCCAUCCUGAUGCUAAUCCUGCACUCAGGGGGCAAGAUCUUUACCAUUCGAAACAAGUCAGAGAUAAGCAAAUAGCACGCAUACUUGGAAAGGCACCAACGAUUGCAGCGGCAGCUUAUCUGAGGCUGGCUGGAAGGCCUCCAGUUCUUCCUUCCAGCAACCUUUCUUAUUCAGAGAACUUCUUAUAUAUGCUGGACUCGUUAGGCAACCGGUCCUAUAAACCCAAUCCUCGUCUAGCUCGAGCUCUGGAUGUUCUCUUUAUACUUCAUGCAGAGCAUGAAAUGAAUUGUUCCACAGCAGCUGCCAGGCAUCUUGCAUCUAGUGGUGUGGAUGUCUAUACCGCUCUUGCUGGGGCUGUUGGAGCAUUGUAUGGCCCUCUUCAUGGUGGAGCAAAUGAGGCUGUGCUUAAGAUGCUGAAUGAGAUUGGAACCAUUGAGAACAUCCCGGAAUUCAUUGAAGGUGUUAAAAACAGGAAGAGAAAGAUGUCUGGUUUUGGGCAUCGCGUAUACAAGAACUAUGACCCCCGUGCGAAGGUCAUACGCCUGCUAGCAGAGGCAGUCUUCUCCAUUGUUGGGCGGGAUCCUCUCAUUGAGGUAGCUGUUGCAUUGGAGAAAGCUGCACUUUCAGAUGAGUAUUUUGUUAAGAGGAAGCUGUAUCCCAAUGUUGAUUUCUAUUCUGGGUUAAUUUAUAGGGCAAUGGGAUUCCCAACGGAGUUCUUCCCUGUUUUGUUUGCUAUCCCUCGCAUGGCUGGCUGGCUGUCACACUGGCGGGAGUCUCUGGAUGAUCCAGAUACAAAGAUUAUGAGACCACAGCAGGUGUAUACUGGUGAAUGGUUACGGCAUUAUAUGCCCAUCAAAGAGCGUUUGGCAGCAGAAGCUGACAAGCUUGGUCAAGUUUGUGUUUCAAAUGCGUCAAGGCGGCGUUUGGCUGGAUCUGGUGUCUAGCUUAAAUAAGUAUGGGGGCAAGAAAUAAACCACCUUUAUCCAGCCUUUGGCAUCAACAUUACCAUGAGGGGAUGCAGGAAGGCUUGAGAUCCUUGUAGGGACAAUGCAAAUAAAUAGCACCAUUGUGAAGGAUCAUUAGAAGUAUUAUUUAAUAUAUGAUCAUUCCGUGCUUCAAAUUUGUACUAGUUCUCUCUUUGCAAAAUGUCAAAGUUACUGAAAGUCUGAAAGAGUAACUUUAGAAAUCCAGACUGUUGAACCAGUGGCCUAGAGAGUUCCAAGACCCUACCCCCCAAAAAGCAACCCCAACCAACUAGCCUACUUGAUGUUAUUUCACCUUUUUUUUAAUGGGAAAAAAAAAUCCAAACACAUUCUAGUUCUA